UCUCAGUGGGAAUCCAAGAGGGACACAGGGCGUAUAAUCUACCCCCUAUGCCACAGCCAUGAUAAGAACAGAGCUGGCAACUAUAUAAGCCAGACUGAGAAUAACGUUCAACCGAGGAAAAUCGUCUAUUCUGUUCCAAAUCUCUGUCCAAAUCAUUUUAUAGGUACCUAGUCAUAAUGCUUUGCAGCAAGUUCCUCCCCUUUGCCACGCUUCUGAGCGCUGCUGUCGCUCAGAAUGCUACUCUGCGAUAUAUGCCGUUUGGAGAUAGCAUUACUGAGAUUAUCUGCUGGAGAGCUCUGCUCUGGGAGAAACUGAAGCCCACCGAAUGGGGAUCCGUCGACUGGGUGGGAUCCGGCAAGACGGAAAACAACUGCGGAGACACCACAUAUGACCGCGACAAUGAGGGUCACUCCGGUUUCUUGGCCAUCGACAUUGCGAAUAGGAAGCAGCUAGUCGGCUGGCUCCAGACCAACCCGGCCGAUGUCAUUACCAUGCACCUCGGAACCAACGACAUCGUACAGCAGAACAAGGCCGUCACUGAUAUCCUCGCGGCUUUUACGACGCUAGUAGGAGUUAUGAGGGACAGCAACCCGAACAUGAAGAUCAUCGUGGCCCAAAUCAUCCCCAUCGGCCUCGGCAGCUACAACGCGCAGAUCCAGAGCCUGAACCAGGCGAUCCCGGCGUGGGCCGAGGGGCUCAACGCGACGGAGUCGCCGAUCUGGGUCGUCGACCAGUACACGGGCUUCAGCGCCGCGAGCGACCUGCGCGACGGCGUGCACCCGAACAAGGCCGGCGACACCAAGAUGAUGGACGUCUGGUACCCGGCCCUCGUCAACGCCUUCGCCGUCGCGCAGGCGGAGAAGAACGCCGCGGCCGCGGCCGCUGCCGCUCUGGAGUAGGGCGGUUCGUGGAAGACGAAAGCGAAGGCAAAGGCACUUGGACUGGAGAGGUGGUGAAAUUAUCUGGAAGUACUUGUCCCAGGUUAUGUAUGUACUUUCAGUUCGUGUAAAUAUUGCUUGGAUAUUGGUAGCUUGGUGCCGCCGAGAAGAAAAGGAGACAGGUAUAUGCCUACUCACAUUCUCUCAAAAUCCCUAUGCUGGAAUGAUUUGUUAAUUCAAGAUGACAAUUGUGGACGGAGGUGCUCUGAGAGCCGCUUAAUCAUACCCAACUUGAUGCAACUAGGUAGACAUGGAAAGGGGUCGAGGUCGAGGCGAUAGGAAAUACGAUUUUACCCCUGAGCCUCGAAGCAGCAUCGAUUCAAGUAACUUGCUUAAGCACAUAACCAUCGUGCCAUGAAACUACGACGACAGGACGAAAUAUCACGUGGCCAAAGCACCAACUACAAUCCGCACCGUCACCAACCGUCGCGCCGGGACACCCACGCGUACG